AUGAAGACCUCUAUUCUGAGUCUCCUGUCUGUUGGCGCCGCCUCGGCUGCGGCGCAGACUUCGUUGCUCGCACGGUUUGCCGACUCCUUCAUCAGAAGAGGCGUCGAGUACGACUUUGGCUACACGGCAGCAACCUUGUACCUAGGGUAUGAGGCUGCGUAUGACCUGACCAAAAACGAGACUCUCUACGACUGGUACCACGACCAGAUUGACGGCGUUGUGGCCGACGAUGGAACCAUUGUAGACUGGAAUUAUACUUUUUACAGUCUCGACGAAUACCGCAUGGGUAACAAUUACCUUUACUGGUACAAUGAGACUGGCGAGGAAAAGUACAAGUCUGCCGCUGCAAUUGUCCGAAGCCAGCUCAAUAGGCAUCCUCGUACACCCACCGGAGGCUUCUGGCACCGCCAGCCCACCUACCCCAACCAAAUGUGGCUCGAUGGCAUCUUCAUGGCAGACAGCUUCUACGCCAAGUGGACAAGCUGGUUUGACGCCGACAACACCACUGCCUGGGACGACAUUUUGUCGCAAUACGAGCACAUUGAGGCACACACGCGCAACACGACCAGCGGUCUCUUGGUCCACGGCUACGACGAGAGCUUCAAGGCAGUCUGGGCGGACCCAGUGACGGGCGCCGCACCGCUCGUCUGGGACCGCGCCGUCGGUUGGUACUUUCUCUCUCUGUGGGAGACGCUGCAGGUGUUUCCCCAGUCGCACGAGGGCUACGCCCAGCUGCUGGGCUACUUUACCACCUUGGCAGAUGCGCUCAAGACGACCCAGGACGAGUCUGGCGGCUGGUGGCUCAUCAUGAGCGAGCAGUACGUCGGGGCCGAGGGCAACUACAUUGAGAGCAGCGCGUCGGCCAUGUUUGUGCUCGGCAUGUUCCGCGGUAUUCGCUCCGGGUACAUUGAGAGCGCCGACUUUCUUGCCACGGCACAAAAGGGGUACAAUCUCCUGGUGGACAGGUUCGUCGUGGAGAAUGGCGACGGCACUUUGAACUGGGAGGGUACCGUCCAGGUUGGCUCGCUUGGUAGCAACGGAACAUACGAGUACUAUAUCGGUGUCCCUCUUGCUUCCAACGACUACAAGGGAGCCGGCCCAUUCAUGCUGGCCUCUUACGAAUGGGAGACCUGGGCCUCGAGCGCUUGA